AUGAGGAUCAAAUCUGCCCAUACAAGCUCAAUCACCCCUUCGGUCACAUCUACUCCCCGACCAAGCCGUGUAUCUCUUACCGUCAAUCGUAUGUUUUCGUCUAUCACUGAUACUGGCUCCAUCACGAAUGAAAGUUUUUCUGCUACUGACCCAUCUCAAAGUGUCAUAGGCGGAGGUGGUACUAGUGAAGGCUCUGUGACCGGUGCUGGCAUCGUGUCCGCCAGUGACAAUUUUGCUGCUAUUGGAAAUAGUGGAAACGGCAGCAUCGUUGAGCUGAGUGGGGAAGCACUGCCGAGAUUAGUUUCUCCUGAAGAGUGGCUGGUGUACCGCAUUGCCAAAGGUGGAUGUACCGACCGACGCCAACCCGGCGCCCGCAUGGCCAGGCCUCCAAAACCCACCGCGGUAGUUGCCACGGCAGUAAGCUCCGUGAUUAACAGAAGACUGGUCUCUGGUCCUGUCAUUGGAGGUGAAUCAGUUGCUGCGAUUGCGAGUAGAAGUAAUACUGGAGGCUUUGAGGGAGGCGGAAAAAGAGGCAACUUUUCAGGCCUGGGUGGAUCUGGCAUCUCUUGGGCGGCCAAGGAGGUGGCUACUGCGCCCAGCGACUACGUGUCCGACAUUGAAGCCCUCUUCGAGCAGUUGAAAUCUGAUCUACAUGAGGUCGCCGACUUGCGUCUUGGCCUGCCAUUAGUCAGCCAACGGGGGCUCGUGUGGUAUGGUCUACUGCACAGGAUAGCUGAACUCCUGCUUGAUGGGCUGGCUGGUGUAUCGAUAUGUUCAGAUGAGGGCCGCGCACGCAUGCUUCUUGAUGUGCAGACCAUCGCCCAAUUUGGUGAGAUGGCCAGUGGUAUCAAGCCCUUCCCAAACCUGGUUCUCAUAACUGACUUCGUGCAGGCUUACUAUGUUCCCGUUGCUGCCUGGGAUUCAUGGCUGCUCAGCAAUUCCCUUCGGUACACACGCACUCAGCUUGUCGGACUGGCUGGUUGUCUUUCGCGUGGAGACCGCCGGCUUCGACAGCGCCUCAUCGUCAGUGUCGACGCCCUACAGACAGGAUCUAAUACCUUAAGUGGUUCAGGCAUUCCUGGCCCUUCAGUACCUGGUAUAAGCUGA